CAAGGAACCAUGGCGGCAGGGGUGGCAGCAUGGCUACCCUUUGCCAGGGCAGCGGCCAUCGGAUGGAUGCCCGUGGCCUCGGGGCCCAUGCCAGCUCCCCCGAGGCAGGAGCGCAAGAGGACUCAAGAUGCUCUGAUUGUGCUAAACGUCAGUGGCACCCGGUUCCAGACGUGGCAGGACACCCUGGAGCGCUACCCGGACACCCUGCUGGGCAGCUCGGAGAGGGACUUCUUCUACCACCCAGAAACGCAGCAGUAUUUCUUUGACCGUGACCCGGACAUCUUCCGCCACAUCCUGAAUUUCUACCGCACCGGGAAGCUCCACUACCCACGCCACGAGUGCAUCUCUGCAUACGACGAAGAGUUGGCCUUCUUUGGUCUCAUCCCCGAGAUCAUUGGCGACUGUUGUUACGAGGAGUACAAGGACCGCAGGCGUGAGAACGCAGAGCGUCUCCAGGAUGACGCCGACACCGACAACACUGGCGAGAGUGCGCUGCCCACCAUGACCGCGCGCCAGAGGGUCUGGAGGGCCUUUGAGAACCCCCACACCAGCACUAUGGCCCUGGUCUUCUACUACGUGACGGGCUUCUUCAUUGCUGUCUCCGUCAUUGCCAACGUGGUGGAGACGGUGCCAUGUGGGUCCAGCCCAGGCCACAUCAAAGAACUGCCCUGUGGUGAGCGCUACGCAGUGGCCUUCUUCUGCUUGGACACGGCCUGCGUCAUGAUCUUCACCGUUGAGUACUUGCUUCGCCUGGCUGCAGCGCCCAGUCGGUACCGCUUUGUACGCAGUGUCAUGAGCAUCAUCGACGUGGUGGCCAUCCUGCCUUAUUACAUUGGGCUGGUGAUGACGGACAAUGAGGAUGUCAGUGGAGCCUUCGUCACCCUGCGCGUCUUCAGGGUCUUCCGGAUCUUUAAGUUUUCCCGUCACUCGCAAGGCCUGCGCAUCCUGGGCUACACUCUGAAGAGCUGCGCCUCCGAGUUGGGCUUCUUGCUCUUCUCUCUCACGAUGGCGAUCAUAAUUUUCGCUACUGUGAUGUUCUAUGCAGAGAAAGGGUCUUCUGCCAGCAAGUUCACCAGCAUCCCUGCUGCCUUCUGGUACACCAUCGUCACCAUGACAACAUUAGGGUAUGGUGACAUGGUGCCCAAAACCAUAGCGGGGAAGAUAUUUGGCUCCAUCUGUUCCCUAAGUGGAGUCUUGGUCAUCGCACUACCUGUUCCCGUGAUUGUCUCCAACUUCAGUCGGAUCUACCACCAAAACCAACGAGCAGACAAACGGAGGGCACAGAAGAAAGCCAGACUCGCCAGGAUCCGGGCAGCCAAAAGUGGAAGUGCAAACGCUUACAUGCAGAGCAAACGGAACGGCUUACUGAGCAAUCAGCUCCAGUCCUCCGAGGAUGAGCAGGCCUUUGUGAGCAAAUCCGGCUCGAGCUUUGAAACCCAGCACCACCACCUGCUCCACUGCCUGGAGAAAACCACGAAUCACGAGUUCGUGGAUGAGCAAGUCUUUGAAGAAAGCUGCAUGGAAGUUGCAACUGUCAAUCGCCCGUCCAGUCACAGCCCUUCUCUCUCAUCACAACAAGGUGUCACCAGCACUUGCUGUUCACGACGACACAAAAAAACUUUCCGCAUCCCAAAUGCCAAUGUAUCAGGGAGCCACCGAGGCAGCGUGCAGGAACUCAGCACAAUUCAGAUCAGAUGCAUGGAGAGAACACCACUGUCGAACAGUCGGUCAAGUUUAAAUGCCAAAAUGGAAGAGUGUGUUAAACUAAACUGUGAACAACCUUACGUGACUACAGCAAUAAUAAGCAUCCCGACUCCUCCCGUGACCACACCAGAAGGAGACGACAGGCCAGAGUCUCCCGAAUACGCCGGAGGGAAUAUUGUGCGAGUGUCUGCUUUGUAA